AUGGCUAACGGAAUGGAACCAAAAGUCCACCCCUUCUUCGAGCCCAAAACUUGUUCUUGGCAGUACGUGGUAGCCUGUCCGGAAAGGAAAGAGGCGGCAAUCAUCGACCCAGUCCUGAAUUUUGAUUCCGCAAACUUCGUUGUUACCACUGAAUCUGCGGAGGAACUCAUUGAGUGUGUUCUCAAAAAUGGAUACACCCUAACCAUGCUCUUAGAGACACAUGCCCACGGAGACCACCUCUCAGCUAGCUACUAUAUCCAACAAGCCCUUUGGUCCCGCGGGCAACCUCACGCACCGGUCUGCAUCAGCGAGGACGUCAGAAUCGUCCAAAGCCACUUUGCCCAGAAAUAUCAUAUCCCGAGAGAGGAAAUUGAGAACGCCUUCGACCACCUCUUCCAGCCCGAUGAAGUGUUCAACAUUGGCGACGUGACCAGCACUGCCCUCCACCUCCCCGGACAUACACCAGACCAUGGAGGCUACAAGAUAGGGGAUAAUGUUUUCACGGGAGACAGCAUGUUUAAUCCGGAUGUUGGCAGUGGCCGAUGUGACUUUCCAGGUGGCGAUGCUCGGCAACUGUUCCGCUCGAUGAAACGCCUUCUUGCUUUCCCGCCAGAAACUAGACUAUACACUGGACAUGAUUAUCCUCCUUCCAAUGAGCAUACUGCACGAGAUCCAAUCCCCUAUGUUACAGUCGGUGAGCAGCAGAAGAAUAACAAGCACAUCAGGAAUGACUCCUCGGAGGACGAUUUUGUCAAGUGGAGGACUGAGCGGGACAAGCAGAUGCCUGAGCCUAAGCUUGUGCAUCAGGCCAUGCAGGUCAAUGUGCGUGGGGGGAAGAUGCCAGGCAAGUCGCGCUAUGGAAAGGCAUAUCUCCUGUAUCUUAUUGAUGUCCCUAAAGUAAUGUUAACUGGAUAA